ACAGCCUUAAUACCUAUUCACUACCCCAAAGGCGACAGGACGGGAUAAGAAAAGCAAAAUGUGCUUUUUGAAAAACGCCGAGUUUUAAGACAUGGGUUAAUGUAGUAUGUACUCGGUGUCGAUCCAUUAAAAAAUGUCCUUGAUCCGUGCCCUAUUUCUUCACUUUUGGAUCAAAGUGUGGCAUCCUUGGAUCAUACUACCUAACUACCUAGGUAGGUAGGUAGGCCUUGUUCAUAUCGGUGAAUGUUUGCAUAGUACCUACCUAUAUUGCCAUGCUACAUUCUAAGAUCAUGCAUGGCCCUGUGACGACAUGUCUAUCCGCUAUCCCCCUUUUAUAAGGUAGGUAUGUAGGUAGCUAUCUGCCUAGGUAGGUGACUACCUUCGUUAUAGAUUGCCUACCUACCUAUGUACGCCUAAGACACCAUGAUUCGAGAAAAGGAGUACCAUGUAGUUGUCACGGCCUGCGCUCCAUUCAAAGAAAAUGAGACAAACCCAACACAGGAUGUUAAACUCAAGCUUCCUGAUCGCAUUGAGCGUGAAGGUCGGAUUCCCAUUAGGAUCAUAAAGUAUCCUACCGAUUUCAGGAACGUCCUUAAGGACAUGAACAUAAUUCCUGAGCUCUGGAACGGGGAGAAAAGCGUGUAUGAACCUGGCAGUAAGCAACACCAAGGGAUACACAUCGACGCAAUGCUCCAUUUGGGUAUGAAUUUUUCCGAUGUGUGGCAAGUGGAAACUCGAGCACGUCGGGAUGGAUACGACUGGGUUGGAGACGACGGAUUGCCUCUGCCAAAGUAUAAUGGAGGGGAGGGUGGGAGAUGGGAAGGGUUGCCCAGAGUCCUUGAGCCCUACUUCAAUGUAGAAGAGAUAACGAAACGUCUUCACAAGGAAUUACCGAACACACCAGUAAUGAUUUCAAGAAACGCAGGUCUUUUGUAUUGUGAAUUUAUUUUCUACACCUCUCUCUCCGCCCUGUAUAAGAAGGAUGAGACACAACGCGCAAUGUUUUUGCACCACGCUGGUAAUAAAACAGAGAGUCGCGAUAUUGAAGAGGGCGCAAAGGUUGCAGCUUCCGUCAUAUGUUCAAUGGUUGACCAGUUGGAAAAGUCAAACAAGAUGCUCUCGCAACCUGGGAGUAUACUUUGGCGGUAAUUCUCAAGUGCUUUGUUAAGGAACUUUCCUCAUAGAGAUCCUCGCAAAAGGUAGAUCAUGAAAUUCAAUGAAUGAAUACCAGGUACCUACUUACUAGGAAGGUAGGUAGUUAAUUAGGUACUACUCUACACGUGAUAAUAGCUGUCUACCUAGGUAUCGUAAGACUGUGUAAUUUGACGGCCCGUCCCUUGCCACCCCUUCCUACAAGGUAAACUACUACAUCUACAGAAAGCCCGUUAAUGUGGCCUGAGGCACAUCUCGUAUUUCGGACAUGAUAUUCGAGAAAAUAUGCAGUAAGAUGAUCCCAGAGCCCAACGUACGACUUGAUAUCCUCGAAUGACGAGGAGUAGAGUGUUAAUGAGAUAGGUACCUAAAGGACAGCGACAGGC